UUCCUGUACUCAAGCCAGCCACUGCUGAGUUUCAGAACUCCUCAUAAAAUUAGACUGUCUGUCUAGAGCUGUCCCAGUCAUGAGCACCAGAAUUUCUUCCACAUCAUACAGGAGGACAUUUGGGGCCCCUGUCUAUUCCCCAGUCUCCUAUUCUUCCUCCUCUAGGUUUUCCCAAUCGAGUCGACUACUAGCAACCCCAUCUCCUACAUCAGCCAUCAGAUCCACUACUUACAGGGUGCGGUCCAGCACCCCUGCUAGAAUAUCUUAUGACAAGGUAGACUUUUCUGUGGCUGAUGCUCUAAACCAGGAGUUCCUGACCACGAGGAGCAAUGAGAAAGCUGAGCUGCAAGAACUCAAUGAUCGUUUUGCCAACUUUAUUGAGAAAGUAAGGUACCUGGAGCAGCAAAAUGCUCUCCUGGUCACUGAGCUGAACCAAGUAAAGACAAAGGAACCAACCCGAGCCAAUGACCUGUUCCAGCAAGAACUGCGGGACCUGAGAAGACAGCUGGACAUCCUUGGAAAGGAGAAGGACAGGGUUCAGGUGGAGAGAGAUAACCUGCUUGAAGAUCUAGCUGCUCUCAAACAGAAGAUGGAUGAGGAAAUUCACAAGAGAGAGGAGGCCGAAAACAACCUGGUUUUCUUCCGAAAGGAUGUUGAUGAUGCUACACUGUCUCGCCUGGAACUUGAGAGAAAGAUUGAAUCCCUUAUGGAUGAAAUUGAAUUCCUGAAAAAACUUCAUGAUGAAGAAAUGCGUGAUGUACAAGUGACUUCUCAAACCCAGCAACAGUUACAGGUGGAAGUUGAAGUGGCUAAGCCGGACUUGACCGCAGCACUAAAGGAAAUCCGUACUCAGUAUGAGAGUAUCGCUGCCAAGAAUUUGCAGGAAUCAGAGGAGUGGUACAAGUCAAAGUUCAAUGACUUGACAGAUGCUGCUAACCGCAAUAAUGAAUCAUUGCGCCAGGCCAAACAAGAUAUGAAUGAAUCUCGUCGCCAGAUCCAAAGUCUUAGCUGUGAAGUCGAUGCCCUGAAAGGAACUAAUGAAGCCCUGCUGAGACAGAUGAGAGAAAUGGAGGAGCAGUUUGGUGUGGAGGCAGCUGGAUACCAGGACACUGUGGCCCGUCUUGAACAGGAGAUCCAACAUCUGAAAGAUGAGAUGGCGAGGCACUUGAGGGAGUACCAGGACCUCCUCAAUGUUAAGAUGGCACUUGACAUAGAGAUCGCCACAUAUCGCAAGCUUCUGGAGGGAGAGGAGAGCAGGAUUGCAAUGCCUAUCCAGUCUCUGGCCUCACUAAGCAUUAGAAGCUCUGACAUUGAACAUUCCCCCGAUGUUCAGAGAAGUAAAACAGUUCUCAUCAAAACUAUUGAGACCCGUGAUGGAGAGGUGGUAACUGAAUCGAGCAAGGAAAAGAAGGCAGAAGUGGACAACUAGACUUCAUCUGAAAAAUGGAGUGAGAUGACACUACAACUUAAGGCGAGAAGGCAAACAUGAACAAAUACUACAGAAUAUAUUGCAAAGGCAGACUGAUCCCCUGCCUAGUGAACUGCGUUAUUGUAAUGAAUGUAUCUGAGAAUCCCUUCCUCACUGCUGAGUUCCAUAUGUGACCUUCACUUGUGCAAACUAGAUUCAGAAGAGUGAAAAAGCAGAGACAUAAGUGAAUACACUAGCUAUGUUAAGGCUAUCAGGGAAAGACAGGUGGCACAUCUACCACUCAGUAAGAAUGUCCAAGUUGGCUUAAUUAGAAAAGUUUCUAAUUGUUUAGAUGAAGUCAGUGCAAUAACUUCUCUAACACCAUAACACAAACAUAUCGAGUAGGGCUUUUGCAUAGCCAGUUAUCAAAUUGUUCUCUGGUGUUUUGUAUUUUGUUCCUUCCACUCUUUCAUGGCAUUAGAAUUUCCAUAACUUUCAUUAAACAGUGGUUAUACAAAUAGAUGAAGUGGCUACUGGCUAGCAAGGUUAUUGACUAUAAUUACUAUUUAUUAAAUGACCUCAAAUUUGUUUCCAACUAGCUCAAAUGGUAUACAUGCUAAAAUGUUGCCUUCUGUAGUACAAGCCCACAUGGGCAGGCAAAAAUCUUAGUAGCCUAAUACAAAGUCUGCCAAAAUUUGGUUAGUGGGGAGUGCUGGCAGUUAUGGCUCCUGAAACAAGAAUUUUCUGCUCACAGUUGCUUUAUAUUAAACUGGUGUAACUGUAACUCCUCAGUAUGGAGUAGGCAUUUGUGUGCCUCCUUUAGUUGAUCUGGGUUUACUCAAUGUGUUCUGCAUCUUCUUAUUUUUUAUUGAUCAAUAUAACACUAAAUAGACUACACUGACCUCAUCUAUUAGCAACCUUCUGUCAUGGUCUGCACAACUGUCAUCUCUUGUUAAGGGAUGAACAGCAUUUUAAUGUGUUUUUUUCUGGAGCCCGAUUCAAUGUCUGAAUAUUUUUAUGACUACAACAAUGUAAGGAACAUGUAAAUACACCAGUGUGUUGACCAAAACCCAUAUGGGGAUCUGCUUCAUACCUCUAUUCACAUCAUAGAGGUUCUUGACAUAUUUUUAAAUAUAUUUAGCAGGAAAGUGUCUGUACAUUCUGGUACAGUAUAGCACCCCCCCCCCCCAAAUUUCAACCUGGAAGUGAUAAAGUUAGUUUAAACUAAUGACAAGAGCAUCAUGUUUACAAAAUAAGAGCCGCAUCGCAAUACAUCACUGCAUUACAUACGCCAGUCCGAAAUGUGCCUACGGUAUCAUGUCACCUUUAAAAUAUCUGCACUGUAAUACAUUGGGAGGGUGGGGCUUCAUUAAUCUCUUACUGUCCAGCUGCAGGUCUAAAUGUGUUUUCUGGUAUGUUUGUCUACUAACAUCUAAUGUGCUCAACCAGACCUUUCUCUUCAUUUCACUUCUUUGUAACCACAAGUAUUGAUGUAAAAUGAUGUUUUUUUUAUCGGUGCUCAGAAAUGCAAACAUUUGUUUUAGUCAACUCCCCUCCCUCUUUGGCCCAGAUACUACAGCUAAGGCAUUUCUGGGCACUUUGCCACAAUAGUUGGUCAUCAUGGUACCACCAGGGGUAUUUAGUAGGUGUUGAACUCUCCUACAUAUCUACUGAAUCAUCACUCCUUCCACUGCACACAUUUAGGAGGUACCUCAUUUGCAUUUUAGAUUCCAUAAGAUGGUGGCCAUCUAAUGUUGCAUUUGUUUG